AUGGAGCGGUCGCAGAGCCGUAUCAGCCUGUCCGCUUCCUUCGAGGCCCUCGCCAUCUACUUCCCCUGCAUGAAUUCCUUCGACGAGGACGAUGGGGUGGAUACAGAAGGCAGGAAGUUGAAGGGAGGCAUCCAGAGGAGCACAGAGACGGGUUUGGCGGUGGAGAUGCCCAGUCGGACCGUUCGGCAGGCCAGCCACGAGUCCAUAGAGGACAGCAUGAACAGCUACGGCUCCGAGGGCAAUCUGAACUACAGUGGGAUGUGUUUGGCAUCAGACGCCCAGUUCAGCGACUUCCUGGAUGGGAUGGGACCCGCUCAGUUUGUUGGGCGACAGACUCUGGCGACAACAUCCAUGGGUGACGUACAGAUCGGUCUGAUGGAGAGGAAUGGGGGUCUGGAGGUGGAGGUCAUCCAGGCAAGAGGACUCACCAUGAAACCAGGGUCAAAAGGACCUCCAGCCGCCUACAUCAAAGUUUACCUCCUGGAGAACGGAGUCUGUGUGGCCAAGAAGAAGACCAAGUCAGUGAGGAAGUCUCUGGAUCCUCUCUACAACCAGGUCCUGGUCUUCUCCGAAAUCCCGCAGGGGAAAGUGGUACAGGUGAUCGUUUGGGGCAACUAUGGACGGAUGGACCGCAAAUGCUUCAUGGGCGUAGCUCGAAUCCUCUUGGAGGAGCUGGACGUCAGCACGAUGGUGAUUGGUUGGUACAAGCUCUUCCCUACCUCCUCCAUGGUGGACCCGACGAUGGCGCCUCUCAUCCGCCACUCCUCCCAAAUGUCCCUGGAGAGCACCAUUGGGCCCUGCUGUGAGCGACCCUAA